CUUAUAUCUUUCAUAAAAAUAGUGAUAGAACUUAACUUUUCUAGCUUUGUCUAGCGACGUGUCACGCUCGCAGUUACCCUAAGCUUUGAAUGUAACAAAUACUUUUAUUUCUCCAAAUUUUCAAAAAUGGUAUUUAAAACUCCAAUUCGGGCAAAAAUUGUGUCAAAAGUGUAAAAGAUAUAGGGCAGGUUUUUUCUAUGGCUUUUAAUAAGAUGUCUUGUAAAUUUACUAUCAAUUUCCUCAAAAACCUCAUUGUAAGAAUUUUGGAAAUCAGAAUUUGCGUGGCUUCUAGUUCCUAAAUGUUAUAUACUUAAUAUCGAAGAUAUUUUGUAAAAAUUCACUUUUUUCAUUCACAUAUGUGAGAAUCAUGACUACUGCCGGGAUACUUAACCCAAACGUAUCGUAUUUGCAUCUUGUGGUCGCACACCUACAUACGAAAAACAUAUAUGUACAUAUAUGUAUAUAGAAUACAGAGUGAAAAGUGAAUUCUGAAAAAGCCUAACCACCAUAACAUUCAGACUUGAGAAUCCUUUGCGGUUAAAAUACAGAUGUUUUUCUCUUGACGGUGCCAUUAUGUUUACGUGAGUUCCAUCAACUGCCAUUGCCACACCAGGAAUUUUUGAUUUUCCAAAAAAAUAUAUUUUUGUUUCUAAUUCCUCGCUGGCGGUCAUGUCAAUGGAAAUUCAUCUUGAACAUAGCCUGUACUCAAGAAUGUUGAGUACUUCAUCUAAUACAACACAAAAUGUAGAUAUUUAUAUUGAAGUCCUUUCCAGCCUGUGGCUAAGAAACGUAGACAUGCAGCAAAUUUUAUUUUUGGAGAAAGAGAACCUUGUCUUUUGUCAUAUCCAAAUAUAUUUUCGCAUUCCCCCAAAACGUAUAUAAAUUCCGUUGUUGAUCCGAAAAUUUUUGACGAAACUGCGUAUUUACAUGCAUAUGUAAAUAAAAUGUUUGUUUUUUUUAGCUUAAAUAGUUCAACUCACUUAUAGUCAUCCAUUUCCAAAACGUUUUUCGAAAUAUUCCCAAGGGGCCCUAUUCUGUAUCUAGAUUCCAAAAUGAAUUUUCUCGAAUUCGAAUUUUUUGUAUUCGGCUACACUAUUUUCGCAUUUUUGAAUCCUUCUUUCGAAAAGUGAAUCCGAAUUAAGAAAAUUUGCAACCAUGUAAUUUGAAUUUAAUUGUCAAAUGUAUUCGAGUUUCGCAUAAAAUAUUCGUUAGCUUAUGAGUUGUAGAAUAAAGACGUUUUGAAAAAUGUAAGUAUUUUAAUAAGUUUUAUUACAUAUAGAUAAGUUUAAAAAAAAUGUUAUUUUUAAUAGGGACUCGGUUAGCAAAAGUCAGCACACUAAACAAAGCCAAUUUGAAAUUAUGGUGGAGUUUAUGGAAUCACAUCCAAACUUGGCCAAAGGCUACGUGAAAUGUACCGACGCUAAACAAACAAGUAAACAUUUGUGGGAGCGGUUGAGUGAGAAUUUAAAUGGAGAUAGACCACCCAUACGGGACAUGCUUUCGUGGAAAAGGUUUGGGCGGAUUACAAAACCCACAUUAAGGCUAAAGCUCGCAAAAAUAAGUUGCAUAUGUAUGUCGGGGACAGGUGGUGGGCCUGCAAAAGUUCAUUCCUUCAAUUCAGUUGAAUUAAGAGCAUUUGACUUACUGCAGAUAAAUCAAGCGGUAGAUGGGAUAGGAGACGCUCAAAAGUUCGGUGCGGGAACAAGUGAAGUCACACAAAGCUACCAAUGUGAAAUCACGGAUCAAAGCACUCAGAACGACAUAAGUGAUUUGCAAAAUUUGGAAGAACUGCCACCUUUAACACCACCUACUCGCCCCCAAACGUCACCCAAAUGUAGCACUGUGCGGUCACGUACAGGAAGUAAAAACAAUCUCUUGAAAAUGCAAGUAGACGGUCAAAUAAAGUUUCACAAGGAUUGUACUAAGAUUUUAAAAGACGUGAUUUACAAUUUAAAAUCCUUAGUUAAAUCUAAUAAGAAACUUGUUGAACAAAAUGAAGAAAGAAUAGAACUAGAAAGACAAAAACUAAAGUUUGCAAAGUUAAAGCAUGAGUACAAAAUUAAAAGCGACAGGGAGAGGAACAAUAUAAGAAUUGCAAAACUUAAAAUCAAGGAACAAAUGUUAAAUGUAAAUACCCGUUAAUUUUACUUAUUGAAAUGUAUGAAUAAUUGAAAGAAAUGAA